AUGAUUCAAUCGGCAUACAUCCCUAACAACCGCACGCCGUUCGUGAGAACCAACUGCACGACUGCCGGGAACACCAAGGUAAAAAGCUCUAGGGUUUCCUCGUCUUCUUCCACAAAUCUUCGCAUUCUCGCGGCCCGAAACAGAUCCUCGAAAUCUCUGUUAAAUGGCGAAGCUGCGCAGACGAACAGAUUCAGUCCCGUUGAAUUGCAAAAAUUCGCGAGGCGGCUCGAAGAGGUUUACAGAAACAGCCCAACGGUGUCUCCAAAAGAGGAUUUAGGUCACGACUGGAGAAAAUACCAGGGUUCCAAUAACUGGGAAGGGCUUCUCGACCCUUUGAGUCCAAAACUCAGGCGAGAGAUUGUAAAAUACGGGGAAUUCGCACAGGCGACCUACGACGCCUUCGACUUCGAUGCGCACUCCAAAUACUGCGGCAGUUGCCGGUACAACCGGCAAAGGCUGUUGGAGAAACUGCACCUGCAAAACACGGGUUACCGGGUCAGCAAGUAUCUGUACGCCAUGUCUGACGUCCACAUGCCCAAGUUCUUCGGGCGGUCGAAUUCGAUGGACCCAUGGAGCAAAGGCUCCAACUGGAUGGGCUACGUGGCAGUUAGCACCGAUGAGGAGACGAAGCGCCUUGGGAGGCGUGACAUCAUGGUGGCGUGGCGUGGCACUGUCACACAGCUGGAAUGGAUGGAGAAUCUGCGUGAUAUUCUUCACCCGGUCGGUGACCUCGGCUGUUCCGAGUGCACCGCUAUUAAGGUGGAGCGUGGGUUUCUCAGUAUUUAUACUUCUAAAAAUGACGCCACCCGCUACAACAAGCACAGCGCUUCAGAGCAAGGGAUGGAUGAAAUACGCCGCUUGGUGGCGCUGUACACAGGGCGUGGUGAGGAGGUGAGCAUUAGCAUCUGUUGGCACAGUCUCGGUGGCGCCCUAGCGCUUCUUAAUGCCUUUGAAAUAGCCGCUAAGGGAAUGAAUGUGCAUGCAAAUGAUCCGACUCCGAAAGUUCCCGUUAUUGUUUUCUCUUUCGGGGCUCCACGGGUGGGCAACGGUGCUUUUAAGGACGCAGUGGAGGAGCUCGGCGUGAAGGUCUUACGUGUUGUGGGUAAGCAAGACGUGGUGCCCAAAAUGCCCGGCAUUUUGUUCAAUGAAGGGAUGGAGAAAUAUGAGAAAGUAAUGGGGCGUAUGUUAGAGUCUCUCCCUUGGUCAUAUAAACAUGUAGGGGUUGAAUUAGGGUUGGAGAUCAAGAAAUCUCCGUUCUUGAAGAGUAACCCUGAUCUGGCCGGGUGUCAUAAUUUGGAGGUGUAUUUGGAUUUGUUAGAUGGGUUUGAAAGCUCGACUGUCCCAUUCAGAUCUGAAGCUCGACGUGAUGUGGCAUUGGUUAAUAAGGCCUCUGAUAUGUUGCGGAAGGAUUUGAUGGUGCCCAGUAAUUGGCAUCAAUUGGAAAACAAAGGGUUAGUGUGUAAUUGCUAUGGAAGGUGGGUACAGCCUGAGCGAGAUGUUGAUGAUGUGCCCUCUCCACACGGCCUCGGCAACUUCUCAAGCUAACUUUUGGUCAUAAGGGCAUAUGAA